ACUGCGCCCCCUCCGGUGUCCUCCUGGCUCUUGCUGGCUACGAACUGACUGACCCUCAGCAAGCAGGUCCUCAUGCCGUCCUCGUAGCUCUGCUGGCGGGAGCAGGUCGGCCUCUGCUCGCUGGACAGGACCCUCUUCACGGCCUGGUGACCCUUCUCAGUGUCCCUCUCUGUCUUCAGGAACUCCACCACACUCUCCAGGAUCUCAGCCUUCUCCACCUUUGGAUUCUUUAGUUUCUGUAUUCAGAAAACAGAAUCACAAGUCACCCACCAAAUACUGAGAUUUUUAUUACAGCGACGCUUGCGUAAAAUCCACACUGAUUUAAAAUGAAACCAGACGUACCUCACUGUUUGUGCUCUCCAGCACCAGAAGUCGUAACGUCUCCAGACUGUGGUUGAUCCGCUCCCGUCUGCGUUUCUCCAUCUGAGGUUUGGAGACCUUCUAGAGGAAAUAAAACACCUGGAUGACCAGUCUGAUCGUGAUUUAACGCCAUUAAUCAAAACAUCUAACUUCAGAUAUGUAUCUUACCCUCCUCAUAGGCCUCCGUCUGGGUGACCUGUCCACAGGAGCUAAAGUCUUCAUGCUGCUCUCUGACUCUCUCUGUGCUGUAGAUCUAAACUAAAUGUAAGUGAAUUUGUUGAUUUUCGUGCAUUUAGCCCCGCCCCUGCUAGACACACCCCUCCUCAUCCAGCAGCUCGUGGCCUUGGCAAAGAGGAGAACUGAUUUAAUUUAUAUUUGCAUACAUAUUUACACUUAGCUGUGCAUACUGAGAGGGUAAAUGGCUCCAAACAUUAGAGUUUCAUUAAGAACAGUUGAAAGGAUAAACACUAUGGCAUGUCUUAAUCCUGUAAACUUAGAGUUUACCCUGAAAGUCCUAAAGCUUUUUCAGAAGAAAUCCUAAAUGAUUCCUGUGAAUUUCUCCAAAUACUAAAAGACAAUCUAUCCACUGUCUAGGAAACAUGUAUUACUGUCGAAUAAUGUUUACAUUCUUCACAAUCUAUAGGAAAAUGCAUGUUGUUUUAACUAGAUUUUACAGAACUAUUUUUAAUUAUUCAGAUGUUCUUUCAUAUCUGUAAGAACUCUAUAGUGUGAAAACCAAAUAUUAAAUACAUUCUGAAUAAUAUCAUAUAAAAACUAUGGAAAUCUGGUGGCAAAAGAGCCAGAAACAAAACAAAACACUAGACUACUGGAAUACUGUAAAACUGUAAAAACAAACAAAACCAACAACCUUGUAACCUUGAUCAUUUUGAGUUAUUUGUAUUUUAAGAAAAAUACAUCUGUAAAAAAAAAUUAAAAUGAUGUUACUAUUUUUCUCCUUAACAUAAAGAUUUUUUCCCCUUUUCUUCUGCUGAUGAUCUUUGGUUAGUUUAAAAACACUAAAAUUGGGUCAUUUUACAGUUAAACACUGAAAAACAACAAAUAACUAUUUGUUAAAAUACACAUUUUUGAUCUUGACAUUAUUUACAGCUUUGGCAAUGUGUGUUUUAGUCAUGAGUUAUUAACUGUAGUUUAACAGAACAAGCUAAAUCUGUUAAAUGAAAGUGAUUACAAAUACAAAUGUAGUUAAAAGACAAUUGAAAACUUUUGUUGUUUACAGAGCAGGCAGCAGUUUUGAUCUUAUUUGUGUAUUUAUUUAUCUCUCUAUUCUGUUAUAGUGAACCUUUUCACUUCUCCAGUACUUCCUAAGGGGUCUGUCACCCAAAUUACUAAUUGAAUUGAAUUAUUAUGAUUAAAAACUGUCCACUGUUGGGUAAACUGUUUAAAAAAAUGUUUGUACAUACAUGACCAGUCAAAUUUGGACACACCUUCUCAUUCAAUGCUUUCUAUUUAUUUGUAUUAUUUUCUACAUUGUAGAGUAAUACUGAAGAUUAACACUUUUUUUGUUUACAACAUAAUUCCAUAUGUAUUUUUUUUAUAGUUUUGAUGUCUUCAGUAUUAAUCUACAAUGUAUAAAAUAAAUAAAAACCAUUGUAUGAGGAGGUGUGUCUAAACGUUUGACUGGUGUACAUUUAUUUUUAAAAAAGUUUUUAUUGUUUAUUUUUGUAAAUUUUAAGGAGACGAAGAACUUGAUUUUACUGGAGUUUUCUAUACUGAAUAAGAGUGAAAACAGUAAAAGCGAGGAGUGUUCUUCAUUAAACAAACCGUCAUUAUCUCUUUUUACUUGUGGCACGUUUUAGGGGAGACUUCUAAAACAGAACAUGUUAGUGUGUUAAUAGCUGCUGUUUCUGGUAUAGAACUGAAUGUCUUCCUCUACAUGUAAAAGCACAUUUUUCACAGUUCAGUCAGUUCUUUAUUGAGUAACGAACCCCCACAAACCCUCAGACACCAGAACAGAUCCUCUCUCCGUGUUGUGGAGUCAGAUUGCCAGACUCACACCUAUUGUGUUGAGUGGAUGAGUCGGUUCUUAUCUCUAGUGGGUGUGGUGCAAACACCCCACGACUGCUGACUGGACACUUUCUGUGCAGGAGCAGUCUGGCGGUUUGAUAUUCACGCAAUUUCUCCAUCAGAUAAUUUCAAAGGCCUCAGAGUUUUAGGGCUUUGAGUUUUUGGGGUAGCUUUCUGCGCACUGCAUUUAUGGUCGCCCUGAUCCUCAUAAUAGGCUAAAGUGUGGAGAUAACACAGGGAUGAUCGGAUCACUGGGAGAUUAAGUGGCUUUUCAUGGUCAGUGAUACUUCCGUUUAAAAUCAAAGAGAGGGCGAUUAGUGGAGGAUCAGAGCCCACUGAUGGUUGCUGUGGAGGCUCAGGGGGAGAAACACUUUAGAAGAUACAUUAGAAGCGCAAUGGUGUAGAUCCAGAUGAGGAAACUUAUAUUUAAUACGGAGAAAGUUUGGAUCCGUCUGUGCGUAAAAGCGCACAGGAUUUAAGCCACGUGGACCCGCCACAUAAAUAAGCCUUAUAAUAUGCUCUCCUGAGCCUGUGAUGGAAACUAAUUGGUUUAAAACGCGCCUUUUGUUGGCAGAGAAAUGAAGCGUCCACUUCUAAUAUCGUGACUGCUCGUGUGUGUCAGCCACAGUCACAAAAGAAAAAUAGAAGAAGCGUAAAAAUCGCCGACAGCUGACAGGAACGUGGAGACAACAAGUGGUCCGAUGUUGAAAGAGAGCUUCUGUGUGAAGUCCAAACAUCAGGUAUCAAACCGACCUCAGGCCUGACGCAGCGCGCACACACUUCACACUCAGGCGCAAUAAUCAUCCUCACACUCUGGCGCAGCAGCAGACGGACGCGAUCUGCGCCCUUUUGCUCCAUAACGCAGCUCAGGUACUGGGCAGCCACUGCGCUCAUUUUUACUCAAAUCUAUCUUAUUAACAGCCAAAUUCAGUUUUAUCCGAUGUGCGUAAACGCAAAUGGAGAUAUUCUCGCUUUUACAGUUCACCUCCUUCAUUUGUUCAUGCCCUCGUUUGGUCCUUUUUUUUAUCACUUAAUGCAAAGUGCUGAUGCCUCACACAUCGUAAAAAGUCCUCAUAGCUGCCCACUUUCUCACCUCGCUUGUGUUCCCACGAAGGAGACGAGAAGUUUCCCAUCGUCUCACUUCACUGUCUUCUGGGAAACCACAAAAAUCUGCAUUUACUAGUCAAAUCAAGAGGUAAGAAUCAUUUUACACUUUUAUUAUUUUUCUUCCCCAACAGUAUGUGUGGCUUUUCAGAAAUGUAUUUUAUUUGUAAAGGCGUGAAUUAAACCUACAUUUUUACAGUUCAUGCAGCAUGAUUUUAAUAAUUGUACCUGCAGCACAUUGAUAUUCCAAAGUAACCCUACAAAAUAAAACAACAUUUUAUUUUGUUUUUGUUGCUGAUAAAAACCGAAACUACAGAUAGUUUCGCUUCAUUAAACAAUUAAAUGUCGCUGUGGUUAAUUUACAGCUUCACUCUCAUCCGGACCAAUAAUAAAUCCAUUCACUGAUCAGUGGCGUCACUCCCACCUGUCAGCCAAUCACAAGCAGCAGCCAGUUCCGCUUUAAAGGCUCCUUCAGGCCGCAGGAGGCGUUUUAAACUUCUGCAGCUUUCUGUCAGGACGUUUGCAUCCAAACUGCACCAUGACGAAGAAACGACAAAGCCAAACUCUGGAUGAUGGCAAGAGCAGGAAAAGGAUCCUGAAGCCGGUUGUGGAGAAGAAGAGACGAGAUCGAAUAAAUCAAAGUCUGGCUGAGCUGAGAAGUUUGCUGCUGAAUUCCACAUGUGAUCCGCGACUUCAGAACCCAAAAAUAGAGAAAGCUGAGAUUCUGGAUUUGACUGUGGAAUAUAUUCAGAAGUGGACAGAUGGGAGGAACUUGAGCAAUGAUUCUAGUAACAGUCGAAUGAUGACCCCUUUGGUGAAGCUCAGUCACUCAGACUGCAGCGCUCCUCCUCCUCCUCCUCCUCCUCUUCCUCUCUUCAGCAUUGAGAGUGCAGGUUUCCAGCAGUGUGUCGCCCAGCUGAGCGGCUACAUGCAUCGGAUACCGGCGGCCCAGAGAGCAGGACUCAUCGAGAGGCUCAAACAUCACUCGGACAGCUGGCAGCCAAAACCAGACUUCACCCAGAAAGUGUCUGAGACGCCUGAUGCAGCUUCCGUUGAUGCCAUUUCUGACACCAAAGAAGAGUCUCCCAGGUUGCUUUUCCCAUCCCACUCCCCCUUCCAGCCUCACUCCUGCUCCACACCGGCCCACGACUACCUGUCUCCUCCCCCCUCUCCCUGGUUCUCUCCUUCCUCUUUCCCACCCUACACCUCCUCCCCUCCUUUCCCGUCAUUUGCCUGCCACUUCUCCUUCCCCCCCAGCCUCUCACCUCCAUCCUCCAACACCUCCUUCUUCAGUUUCUCACCCACACUUCCUCACACCAGCCCGGCCGGCCUCCACGUCCCCCCGAACCCCGUCCACAGGGAGGGGUCGGUGCCAAACUCCUCCUCGGCCAUGUGGAGGCCUUGGUUUUGAUCUGGAGCAGAGACUCAGGAAACUGACAGCAGAGACACCUUGUGGGAACAAACUGGAACUGUGGAGCUGGAAGGAAAACUCUUAGUGCCUGGAGUGUACAGUGUAAAUAUGAUUAAAGUUGCCUAUAUUUUGUAUUUGUUGGAAAUAAAUCUCAUACUUGAAUCUCA